UAAAAGGGGUAGCAACAUUUCAUAUUCAUCCCCCACAUUUAAUUUUGGAGGACCUCCCAGUCAGACAUCAAAGAUGAAGGUCCUUGCAUUCACAGCCAUCACACUCUUAUGUUCCGUUCAUUACAGUGAAGCAUUUGCCUUCCUGUGCUAUGAGCAAGACGCCGGUGGAGACAGAACUGUCACUUUCUGUGCAAAUUCCUGCUUCUCGGUUGGUGGCAGUGUCGCUGGGAUUUCCACUGUGAAAAAGGGGUGCACUGACAAGACCUAUGAGGCUAAGUGUCAGUCUGUUGGCCUACCAGGAGCUUUCUCUGGACUCCUGAAUGAACAUACCUGCUUCUGCAACUACAUCUUGUGCAAUGGCUCGGCGAUGAAUUCUGCAAUCUUGGUACUUGUCCUUCUUCCUUACCUGCUUCAGAAACUGCUAUAAACUUGGGGAUUUUUUGAUGACAUUCUCCAGCCAGUUAAUCACAUUCUCAUAUUUUUUAUGUAUAGCUCUAGAUGUGCGUUGCAUUUAUACUUAUUAUUCACAGUAGCUGUAAAUAUUUCUAUGAGUUUUGCAGCAUUGUAGAAAUGUCCAACAUGUGCUCUUAUACAAAGGAGACUUUCUGAAAUAGUUGUAGUACUUAGGCGUUGUUUUAUAUUCGAAGACUUUUGGAUGUGAUAUUAAAGUAAAAGUCAAUUUCUGCUUUUAUACAUCCAUAAUAAACUAAUCCUCUGUC